AUGACAGCUUCAUUCAAGGGACCACAAGGCAAACAUACCACUAACUUCUCUUUAUCAGUCAUUGGAGCCAGGAAGCCAGUGAAGUGUCCUCUGGGAUACAGGGAGUACAAUGGAUCUAACAAAAGCACCUUCAACAAUACUUGUGAACCGUGCCCUGCUGGUUACUAUGGGAACCACAAUGAUCGUCAGGUCUGUCUCAAAUGCCAAGCAGGGGUGGUCUGUCUUCAAGGAGCUACCACCACCGAUCCACCAUCAAAUGUGAAUGACGAUGAGGUUGUAUCAGCCAGAUCUUACAUCUGUCCAAAAGGUCACUACUGCCCUCAGGCAAGCCCUGAGCCAAUCCCCUGUCCGAAAGGUACUUACAAUCCGAGCGAAAGAGCAGUGAGUGCUGACAGUUGCCUGAAAUGUCCCACAGACUACUUCAACCAUUUAAUAGGCCAGGGAGCCUGCUUCUCCUGUGGCUCCCAGGCUGAGCAGUCUGAAGAAGGACAGGACAUCUGUGUUUGCUAUCAGAAAGGGGAGAUCUUCCAGCCUAGUGAUUCUCAUUGUACAUGUGCUUUGAGACACCGAUUGGUAUCUAAAGGAACAAGAGCAUGCGUCAGAAAGCUGUACAAUAUCUGCCGAGAUGGGACCAGCAGAAAUCAGGAUGGAGUCUGUCUCACAAAUGAUGAGUGGAAAGAAUAUUGUUCUCUGAAGGUUUGCGCUUCCCCUGUCGAUUACCAGGGGUUUGAUCGAGUUCUCGGUCUGUGUCUCUGUCAGACACAGAGGUUGGACUCAGUGUGCAACUGGAAAUGCAGGCAGUUACAGUGGAGCAGGCUGCAGAUCACUUGUGAAGGAGGAGCACAGUUCCGUAUCACUUUCAGAGAUGGUUCAAAGAUUGAUUUGCCUUUAAAAGGUAUUGGAAGAGUUUUGAACAGCAGAAACAUCAUCGAGGGAGGCCAGUGUCACCAGCAACAACCAGUGCACUUGGUGGAAAUGUCUGAUGCAGGUUUUCUGGGUGUUUAUGAUCCAGAUCCCAUGAAGUUAAAGAAUUUGCUGGAGAUGAACCUGCAACAUCAUCCAUUAAUAAAUGUGUCUCCAGAUAAUGCAACAUCACGAAGUCCUGGUGAUCCUGAACCUCGCUGGUCAAGAAUGCCCCAGUUUGUUGAAUCUACCACAAAUGGCAUUCUGUUUUUUGGCAUCUUCAACCCCACCACCUGCAUCCACUUUGGGAGUAUUAUCCUGUUCACUGUGUCCAGUGGAUAUUACCCUGUGUACAAUAUUGAAAAUCUUUACAACACUAAUAGUGAGUUUGACUGGGGAGCAUUCCGUGGUCUUGCAGAGGAGAUGGAACCCAACUCAAGCACAUCCUGGCUUUUAUUGUAUCGCUUCAGACAACCUGGGGUGCACGUCUUCCAACUGAACAAGGACCCUCACAAGAAGAUGUAUAUCCGAGUGAUGCCUGUCGGGGGUCAGUGCUAUGAAGAAGGCCCCUUCUUCCCAACCACGGCUAGAAACAUGAUCCGCAUCGGUAUCAGCAGGAGCCCAGAUUUACUGCUGAAACCAGACUGGCUCCUCAUUUCCAGCUUGCUGUUAGCAACAGUCAUAACAGUCGGUGUUUAUGCAGGAUUAUUGCUUCUCUUUAGAAAGUGCAAAUGGCCUGAGAAAGCAACUGUUGAACCAACCUAUCGGAAACUACACAAAGUGUACAACUUUGAUGAUUACUCUUCGAAAGGAGCUGCUGUCACCACCAUUAAAAAAUUCCAUCGGAGUCUACACUUCAAGGAACAAAUUGAGGGGAAUGAAGAUGAUAGGGAACAAGGAGAUGGUAAGUAUCACUGAGUCAUAGA